GAGGACACUGUCGAGAUGCUGCCCAAGUCGCGGCGCGCGCUGACCAUCCAGGAGAUUGCCGCCCUGGCCCGGGCACAUCUCGCAGGCAUCUCGCAGGUGGUGAAGGAGCACGUGACGAAGCCGACGGCCAUGGCGCAGGGCCGCGUCGCCCACCUCAUCGAGUGGAAGGGCUGGUGCAAGCCAGUAGAGCCGCCCGCUGCCCUGGAGAGCGCCUUUAGCUCCUACUGCCACCUGAGCGAGGGCGAGCAGGAGGCGCGCUUCGCUGCUGGCGUGGCGGAGCAGUUUGCCAUCGCUGAGGCCAAGCUGCGAGCCUGGUCCUCGGUGGACGGGGACGACUCCAACGACGAGUCCUACGAAGAGGACUUCGUGCCCUCCACAGAAAGCUCCCAGCCCACUGAGCUGCCCGGCACGGUGCCCACCGGUGCGCUGCUGCGAGACCUGCUGCAGGGCCACCUGUGCCAGCUGGGCGUGCGGCACGGCUCCUGUGAGCCCGAGAGUGACUCCUCGCACACCCUCUCCCCCGAGACCCUCUGCUCCAGCCUCUGCAGCCUGGAGAUGGUGUCCCCCUCUGAACUCACUGCCAAACUGCUGGGCUCCCUGGGGGGUGAGGACCUGCUGCUGCCCAAGCUGCCCCCCCCAGCCAGCCAAAGUGCCUUGCGGGGCCUGGCACGGCUCCGGUGCCAGGACUCCCUCUACUCGGUGUCCUACGCCGAAGCCUGCCUCUCGCCUGCCGAGGACGAGGUCGUGUUGAGCAAGGACUUCCCGCUCCGCCGGAAAGUCUCCGACGUCGCCUCCUCUGGGGUGGCAUCGCUGGAGGAGGAUGAGGAGGCCGAAGAGCCCUGA